CGGAAGUAGCCGGCUGGUGCCAGCGCCCCGUGUACCCCCUCCCGGGCAGAUCACGCCCCAGGACCAGCUGUGCCGGCCCAGGCCUUAGGUAACCCGGGUCCGGGACGGCCUCGCCCGCACAGUCAAUCUGCAGCGGCCGCUGUACAGUCGCGCUGUCCCUCCUGGCAGCGCCUGGCUCAUGCUCUCCGCCAUCAGGAGAUCCUGUCAGCUUCUCCGCAGCCCCGUUCCCCCCGCGAGAAUGGGCGACUCCGCCUCCCGAAUCGUCAGCCCAGACCAGGCUCUGCCGGGCCGGAAAGAGCAGAUUCCCGUGGCGGCCAAACAUCAUGUCAAUGGCAACAGAACAGUUGAACCUUUCCCAGAGGGAACACAGAUGGCUGUAUUUGGAAUGGGCUGUUUCUGGGGAGCUGAAAGGAAGUUCUGGACCCUGAAUGGAGUAUAUUCAACACAAGUUGGUUUUGCUGGAGGCUACACUUCCAACCCUACUUACAAGGAGGUCUGCUCAGGAAGGACUGGCCAUACAGAAGUUGUCCGAGUCGUGUACGAGCCAGAACGUAUUGGCUUCGAGGAACUACUCAAGGUCUUCUGGGAGAAUCAUGACCCGACCCAAGGCAUGCGCCAAGGCAAUGACCAUGGCUCCCAGUACCGCUCAGCCAUCUAUCCAACCUCUUCCCAGCACAUGGAGGCUGCUUUGAGGUCCAAGAACAACUAUCAAAAGGUCCUUUCAGAACAUGGCUAUGGUCCGAUCACCACCGAUAUUCGGGAGGGACAAACUUUCUACUAUGCAGAGGACUACCACCAGCAAUACCUGAGCAAGAACCCUGAUGGGUACUGUGGACUAGGGGGUACUGGGGUGGCCUGCCCAAUGGGAAUAAAAUAGUAACGUCUCCCUGUGCUGUCAGUCCUUAUGAGGGUCACUGCCCAAACUGCCUUCCACAAAUCAGCAGGGUUUGUUUUUUGUGAUUCAUGGAGUGACCUCAGGGAAUGCACAGAGAAAUGUGGUUUGAGAGGUGUCAUUUACAUAAAGUGUAAUGACAUGUGAUUGAUCUUCUAAUCAGUUGCCAGGGAAUUGUGCUGUGAAACUUGUGAAGACUUUGGGACACAAAUGACACGAAUGAAGAGGCUAUGCUCACUUUUCUUGUGUCUGGAAGAUCAGGCACAGAGGUGGGAGUUUGUGGGGCUGGAUGGGGGUAUUGGAAAGUCCUCACCUGUGUCUGCCCCCUCCUUCUUGCCGGCUCCUGCCCUCCAGUGCCUUACCACUUGCAAUCACCUCCAUGAAUUCUGUGAUGAAAUCCUGUGCUUUGCAGAUCCCUUGCCUGAAAAAGAGGUGGCUUUAUUCUCUUGAGCCCUAUGUACGGCAGAGAAAACCAUUGUUCACUUGAUGACUUCUAAUAUGGCACUUGCAGCUCUGAGACAUGCACGUCCUAAUAAAAAUUGCCAAUCUGA